AUGGAUACCGUAUUCAGCGUACACCACGACUCAAAGGUAAUACGUGAGAGGAACAGAUUACUCAAACUACAGCAUGGUAGUGUGGACGACCUGGCAUCAUCGCUCAAUUCGUUUGACCGUCCUCCGUCGCAAGACAAACGACCGGCACUUCACUCACUUUUAUCAUCACGAUUCGGUUUAUCGCCUGCGGGCACCCCUCAACCAUCUCCGCCGACGUCUCGUGCAUCCACGCCGUCGAACGAGGUUACGGAAAGCAGUCUCUAUGCUAACGCAUUUACACAUACUCAAACCAAUUCUGUAAAUACCAAUGCAUCCACAACGCACCCUUCUAACCAAUCGUCCAUCCAGCCUCUAGUUCCUGCUCCGUCGUCGUUAUCUUCGUCACCGCGGUUAUUGCCUAUUAUGACGCCAAGAGCAUUUCAGAACAUGAGAAAGGUCGUGCCUGUGUUGGAAGGCGAUGAUAUUUGGAACCUAAUGAAUAAUAGGCCCUCGACGCCGUGGUUAAGUAUUGGGAAAGUGGAAGAUGGGAAUGGGUUUAAUGGAAACGGCGGUGGGUUGCAUGGAGAAAAGAAAGAGUGA